CGUCAGGUCCGACACCAGUGACUAGGAGGCGUGUCCAAGACUACCUAUAAAAUGAGAGUGAUGACUGUGAGUGACCCAUUGCAUCUUGUUCGUAGGUAAAUUGCCUCCUUGCUUCAUCUGAACCUGCAGACCAGUCAUCAUGCGAGUCCUUCUCAUCCUUUUGGUCGGCCUGCUCGUCGUGGGGGAGGGGACGUGCUUCCUUAAUGAUUUGUAUAAAGAAAGGUCAAUGCCGUCUGAGCGUUUUCUCUCAACAGGAGACAGGAAAGCCCGUGCCAUCGCUUCGUUAUUUACGCCUGGGCGUGCUCUGCCAACAGGAGAUAUGAAAGCCCCUGUCACCGUUCUGCUUAGUGCAUUGCGAAAGGAUGGGGGACGUCGUUGGGGGCCCGAUUCCAGUGAACUGAGUCGUGGAGAUCAUCACAAUAUCAAUCAGCUGAUUGAUGUAAUUUUCUUUCCUGCUCUUUUCUUUUUUCUGUUUUUUUUUUUUUUGAAAGCAAGAACGAUGUUUAGGAAAAUUAUAACAUUUGUUUCUACAAAGUGAACUGUCUUUUUCCACUAUAAUACAGCCAAGGAUUAUUUCAAAAUCUCUUGAUAAUAAAAAGUUAGGAUGUUCCCUA